GCAGCAGUCGCAGCAGUCUCAGCGGAGCCAUAUUCUGCCGGCGGGCGGAGCUGGGUGUGUGACCGCUGCCCCUGCGCCCUGGCUCGACUCCAUGGCACCGCGACCCCUGAGUCCUUUGGUGCUGGCUCUGGGGGGUGCCGCGGCCGUGCUGGGCUCGGUGCUCUUCAUCGUAUGGAAAACCUACUUCGGUGGACGGAAGCGGCGCGUGGACCGAGACGAGGCCUGGUGGGGUGCGGAGGCCAUCCAGCUCCCCCAGUGGGAAGAGUUUGAACAGCACGCGGAGGAGGAGGAUGAACCCACGCUGGAGCAGCUGGAACAGCGCGAGGUGCUGGUGCUGGGAUUGGAUGGCUCUGGGAAGAGCACGUUCCUGCGUGCGCUGUCCGGGAAGCCACCGCUGGACGGCCACAUCCCUACUUGGGGUUUCAACUCCGUCAGGCUGCCCACAAAGAACUUCCGGGUGGAUCUUCUAGAAAUUGGUGGCAAUCAGAACCUGCGCUUCUACUGGAAGGAGUUUGUAAAUGAGGUGGAUGUCCUGGUGUUCAUGGUGGACUCUGCUGACCGGCUGCGGCUGCCCUUCGCCCGGCAGGAGCUGCACAGACUGCUCGACAAGGACCCUGACCUGCCUGUCGUCGUGGUGGCCAACAAGCAGGAGGAGAGAGAAUGGGUGUGCCAGGACCUCCAGCUGCUGCAAACGAACUCCAGACACUUGAUACGCCACCUUGUACCUAUGACGUAUAUGGGUCCUGGGGAAUCGAACCUGGGUCUUGGCUUUGCAGGACCUGCGAGAGGCCAUGAGUGUGGUGGAGCUGCAGCAGGAGCUGGACCUGCAGCAGGAGCUGGGCCGGAGGGAAGUCUUCCUCAUGGCCGCCAGCAUCGCCCCUGUGGGAUCUGGCUUUGGAGAACCUGGCACCGUGCGCAUCUGGAAACUGCUCUUGCAGCUUCUCUCCUAGGCUGGAGCCUCCUGCUUGCUGCCCACUACUGGAACCACAAUUCUGCUGCCUGUUGCUUCUUCUCACCAGCCCGGGCCUUGGGCAGGAGCCAGGUACCAGCACUUCCGUCUCCGCUCAAGAGUGAGGCAGAAAGUGCAGACGCCUUCCUAAUGAGACAACAGCUUUGGCAAGGAUAGUGACUGCUUGUUUCAGUCUGCACUGUGGACCCAGCCUCUUGCCUUCUCCUGCACAGUGAGCUCACUCCUCCCUCCCUGCAGGCUCCAGUGGUUGGAACACCAGGGUAGGUGUCACAAGUGCUCCUGGAGGCUCCAGGUCUCCUCUCCCAUUGGAAAGUUCCCCCCUGGCGACUUCAUGCAUGUCCCAUGUGGACAGGAAUUGGGUGCCCCCGGGUCUACAUUAUCCUCCAGGCACUGCUCUGCCCAACUUAACGUGGCCUUGUCCGGUCUGCCUUGGUGGCCCAGAGUCACCUCUCUUAAAAGGAUGGGGUAAUUGCUUUCUAAAUACCAGCACUGGCAAUGUGAAGUGAGGAUAGACCGGAAGACCCAGCUAGCCGGGAGCUUGCUGAAUAUCCCCCAGCUUUGCAGGCCUGGAGUACCCAUCUCUCCUGACCACUGAAGUCCAGUUCCCCAAACAAGGCAAAAGAUGGGCUUUCCCCGCAUCCAGAAAGCUGUUGCUCUUACACUAACUGUGCCAGUACCCGUGUUUACACAUAAGUCUGGGGAACAAAACAAGCUGGAGUCCGCAGCAGGCCUACAUUUUAUUUAUUUAUGUAUGUAUGUAUUUAAUCAAAGGAACAGGCCCAAGUUCCAGGUUCUGUUCCUGGGUGCUGUCUUCAGAACCCCAGGUUGGGGAGAUGGCCCAGUGGAUAAGAAAGACUGCUUCCUGCACCAGCAUGAGGACAUGGGUUCCAACCCUAGUACUCACUUAAAAGCCAGGCGUGGCCACACAUGCCUGUGACCCCAAUGCUCAGAUGGGUGGAGACAGGAGAAUCACUGGGGCUUAGUGGUCAGCAGGCCUGACGGGGGUGGGGCGGGGUGGGGUGGAGCAGGUGAUCGUCAUAGAAAAUGUAAAACUUCAAGGAAAAUAACUGGACUCAUGAAUGACAUGGAGAUAGCCUACAGGUGUCAAUGGUCUCCCAACCUGGAGACCAGUACUUUAUACUGACUUACAGGUACUCCCAUUCCACCAUGCACCACACCAUAUUGAGGGGCCACAAACCCCUUCUGGGUUGUCAACAAGUGACAGUGGAAGAGGAAUUCUCUAUUGGGUGAAUACCAAGGACAAGACAGCCAUCAGAGUGGCCUUGGACACAUCACUGAGCCUUCUGGGACCAAUUACUUGCUAGCCAAAGCAAAAUCAGACUGAAUUUCUGGAGUUCACUCCCCUGCACAUUCCAUGAUUCUGUGUGGUGAUAAGCUCACUAAAGGCCCGUCUUCAGACUGAAAGGAGCUUUAAUCUGUCAUGGGUCACUGAAGAAUGAACAGCCACAAAUGGAGUUUUGAGUUUUUCUUUCUUUUUUUGUAAUAGCCCACUUCUAUUUUAUUUAUUUUUUGGGAGUAUUAGGGUUACAGGAGGCAUGAGCCACCACACCUGGCUUUCCAUUUGCUUUUAGAGAAUAGAUUGUAUGCAACGGUGGCUUGACAUUUGGACAGCGGUGGUCAGUACCACCCUGUGGCCAGUGCGGGGAGGAGAGGGAAGCUAAGGUGACAUCACCAUCAACAGAGUGGCCACUGUGCCGCUGCAGGCACAUCAAAACAACCGGCACUGAGCUGCCAAAUCACUGCCUGUGAUAAGUGGUGUCAUAAGCUUUUAUAUUUUUUAAAGUGACCUUUGAAUAUUUUCUUUUUAUUCAUGUACAAAGAAUUAGCUUGCAGUUACUGUGUUUUCUAACAGUUUUUGUUUCCGUUCUGGAAUUUUAUUUUAUUUAUUUAUUUUUUAUUUAUUUAUUUGGGAGCAACAGACACAGAGAGAAAGACAGAUAGAGGGAGAGAGAGAGAAUGGGCGCGCCAGGGCUUCCAGCCUCUGCAAACGA